AUGGUCAGGACAAGGAAAAUUCGGAUUCCGGCUUUUGAUAACUCGGAUUUAAUCGCAAGGUUAAAGAGGACGACCCUCAUCGGUAGGAUUAUGAAUCCUGACGUCCAAAGUGUUGGAUCACUAGUUUUGAUGAUGCCUAGACUUUGGAGACUAGAGGGUCGAGUCGUUGGGAAGGACUUGGGAUCAGGAACGUUCAGGUUUGAUUUCGAGAGAGAGGAAGAUAUUCUCGAGACCUUCGAGGAUAUUGGGGAGGAGCUAGGUAUGGUUCAAAGCUUUUCGGGUACUGUGGUUCUUGUUUUAGUCUUCGUCAUGAUGAAGAAUGUUGCCCACAAAGUGACUUGCACCACGAAGCAUGAAGAAACGAACUAA